AUGAUUCGGCAAUUGUUGAUGCUGAUGCAGACUCAGAGUGGCAAUGGUCUGCCACUGCACGCCAGACGACGGCCGAGGACGCCUUCCCCGAUUCCCGAGCCCGACAUUGAAAAGGGAAACGAGCUGCUCAACUCGGGUGAAUUUGGUCGUGUGGAGUCGGCAUAUAUACCUUCCAAGGACAACAAGAAGAAUGUCAUUCGAAAAUUGCGGAUGAGAGAGCUCAAGCCCCGGGCAGUCAAUCCGCUAUCCAUCGGCGAGUCCAUCAUACCUGACAACCCUGGCAAAGUGGUCGAUGCAUAUGGAGAAUCUGCUUAUUCUGGCCAAUACUCUGAGGACGGGUCCCUGUUCGCAUCCUGCGACAAGGAUUGGCGACUGCGCAUCUACAAAACAGCUGGCAACAAGCUUGUCCGGGAGAAGCUGAUUCAGGGUGUGGCUGGCCGAUGGACCAUUACUGACCACAACCUUUCUCUCGACAACCAUUGGCUGAUCUACUCGAGUAUCACACCUCAUGUUUACUUGACACGAACUGCGGCGGAUGCCCCUGAUGCCCACCACCUGCUGGACUUUUCGACAGGCGAUGAGGAUUACGCAUUGUGGUCUGUGCGAUUCUCGGGAGACGGAAAGGAGAUUGUUGCAGGUGGCAAGGGCAAGAUUUAUGUGUAUGAUAUUGAAUCGAGGACCGUUUUACACUCUGUGAAGGCACAUCAGGAUGAUGUAAACUCAGUCUGCUUCGCGGAGCCGACAUCUUCUCAAGUGGUCUUUAGUGGAAGUGACGACAAUCUUGUUAAAGUCUGGGAUCGCCGGUCGAUGGGAGCAGGACGAUAUAGCACACCUUCAGGAGUUCUUGUGGGGCAUGCGGAGGGUAUCACCUACGUCACGUCAAAGGGCGACAACCGCUAUCUUGCCAGUAACGGCAAGGACCAAAAGAUGCUUUUGUGGGAUCUUCGCAUGAUGCACUCGAGUCGAGACUACAGCAAGCUACCAAAGACUAGGGAUUCUGGCUUCGAUUAUCGGUCUGACCAGUACCGAGGUCACAAGGCCAACAAGAUUCCCGGCGACUGCUCGGUGAUGACCUUCCAAGGACACCAGGUGUUGCGGACGCUGAUCCGUUGUCACUUUUCACCCGUACACUCAACUGGCCAGAGAUAUCUGUACACUGGAAGUGCUGAUGGAAAGGUAGCGAUCUACCGGAUGGACGGAACCCGAGUACGGACUCUUGACACAAGCGAGGCGUUCCAGCGAUACACUAAGAGUGAACGAAAGACGCCCUAUGUUGCCCGAGAUGUGAGCUGGCACCCGUACCACCCAACCAUCCUGAGCUCGUGCUUGGCUGAUCGGUACACGUCCCACGAAGUCAGUAGCGGUAUUGUGCCCAGUGGCGGUAUUGUGCAGCACACUUUUACUCGACCUGGCAACUUUGAACCCGAGGUCUCGGAGACGUCAGACACUGAGCCGCCACCGCCUCCUCGCCAGCGUCGUCGCUACCUUUACUAG